GGGCGGGAGGGCGGAGCAGGCAGACAGAUACAGAGAGACCCAGAGAAAGGCAGAGAGAGCGUAGAGCGAGAGCGCAAGUGGAGGGGCAUGGGGAAAGGGAUGGAGAACACAGUGUAACGGUCUAGGGAGCCAUUUGGGAACAAACGGGCUGCCUGGCUGCAGACAGGAGAAAGCAGAAGAGGGUCUAUUUCAGGGUGCCAAGUGCCUGCCUACCUACCCGAAGCGAGAAAGUCCAAGUGGGAGAGACAGGAGAGGGUGGGACUCCAAGGGAACCCCUUCGCAUCCCCUUAGGAAUAAAACCCCCCGGUCCGCGGUCUCCGGGGCUGCCGUUGCGGUCCGCAGGGGGUGAGAGCCACGGCGGCGGCAGCUGCUCGUCUGUUGCCGGGUUGGCGUUUGGAGCGCGAGAAGAAGGAGGAGCAGAAGCAGGAGGGAGCUGGAGGCUGGACGCGUUUGCGAGCGGCGGCGGCGGCAACGUGGAGUAACCGAGAGGCUCGGCGUGCGCCCGCCCGGGGGUAGGCCCCGGCGCGCCGCUCCGGGAGCAGGAUCCUCGCCGCCUCGGCAGCCCUUGCGGCCGCUACACGACCCGACCGAGUCCCCAGCGCCGUGCGAAGCGCACCCGCCUCCCGGCGGCGCGCCGGGCUCGCCCGCAGCGCGCGCGCACGCCAGCGCGCGCGCACACACACUCACACACACACACACUCACACACGUGUGCGCUCCUCCGCUCCGGAGCUGCUGCUGCUGCUGCUGCGCUCAGCGCCGCAGUGGAAGGCAGGGCUGAACCGCUCCUUCUUUAAAUAUAUAAAUUACAGCCUGGGCCAGCCUCGGCGGCCCCCCUUCCAGCGCUCCCGGCGCCCCUCCCGUCAGUUCGCCAGCUGCCAGCCCCGGGACCUUUUCAUCUCUUCCCUUUUGGCUGGAGGAGCCGAGUUCAGAUCCGCCACUCCGCACCCGAAACUGACACACUGAACUCCGUUUCUUCCUCUUAAAUUUAUUUCUGCCUAAUAGCCACUCGUCUCUUUUUUCCCCCCCAUCUCGUCGCUCCAAGAAAACUUUUUCUUACUCCCCAAAGUUAGGGUUACCCCUGGCCAUCGUGUAUUAAUAUUUCCCCUUUUGGAACGACUUGUAUUUUCUUUUUAAAGGAAUUCAAGCAAGAUAGCUUUUCUAUUGGACAUUGACUCUCGACUGUUUGCAAAAGUUUCGCAUUAAAAAAAAAAAAAACCUACCUGAUCUGAACUUUGAGAGUUAUUGGUUUCUUUUUUUCCUACUUUUUAAAUUUUUUUUGUUUUUUUUUAACUUUUUCCACCUUUAAAAAAAAAUGCACUACUGUGUGCUGAGCGCUUUUCUGCUCCUGCAUUUGGUCGCGGUGGCGCUCAGCCUGUCUACCUGCAGCACGCUCGAUAUGGACCAGUUCAUGCGCAAGAGGAUCGAGGCCAUCCGCGGGCAGAUCCUGAGCAAGCUGAAGCUCACCAGCCCCCCAGAAGACUAUCCCGAACCGGAGGAAGUCCCCCCGGAGGUGAUUUCCAUCUACAACAGCACCAGGGACUUGCUCCAGGAGAAGGCGAGCCGGAGGGCGGCCGCCUGCGAGCGCGAGAGGAGCGACGAGGAGUACUACGCCAAGGAGGUUUACAAAAUAGACAUGCCGCCCUUCUUCCCCUCGGAAACUGUCUGCCCAGUUGUUACAACACCUUCUGGCUCAGUGGGCAGCUUGUGCUCCAGACAGUCCCAGGUGCUCUGUGGGUACCUUGAUGCCAUCCCGCCUACUUUCUACAGACCCUACUUCAGAAUUGUCCGAUUUGACGUCUCAGCGAUGGAGAAGAAUGCUUCCAAUUUGGUGAAAGCAGAGUUCAGAGUCUUUCGUUUACAGAACCCCAAAGCCAGAGUGCCCGAACAACGGAUUGAAUUGUAUCAGAUUCUCAAAUCCAAAGAUUUAACAUCUCCAACCCAGCGCUACAUCGACAGCAAAGUGGUGAAAACAAGAGCAGAAGGCGAAUGGCUCUCCUUUGACGUCACUGACGCUGUUCAUGAAUGGCUCCACCAUAAAGACAGGAACCUGGGAUUUAAAAUAAGUUUACACUGUCCUUGCUGCACCUUUGUACCGUCUAAUAAUUACAUCAUCCCCAACAAAAGCGAAGAACUAGAAGCAAGAUUCGCAGGUAUUGAUGGCACCUCCACAUAUACCAGUGGUGAUCAGAAAACUAUAAAGUCCACUAGGAAAAAAAACAGUGGGAAGACCCCACAUCUCCUGCUAAUGUUGUUGCCCUCCUACAGACUUGAGUCACAACAGUCCAACCGGCGGAAGAAGCGUGCUCUGGACGCAGCCUAUUGCUUUAGAAAUGUGCAGGAUAAUUGCUGCCUACGUCCACUUUACAUUGAUUUCAAGAGGGAUCUUGGGUGGAAAUGGAUACAUGAACCUAAAGGGUACAAUGCCAACUUCUGUGCUGGAGCAUGCCCAUAUUUAUGGAGUUCAGACACUCAGCACAGUAGGGUUCUCAGCUUAUAUAAUACCAUAAACCCAGAAGCAUCUGCUUCUCCUUGCUGUGUGUCGCAGGAUUUAGAACCGCUGACCAUUCUCUACUACAUAGGCAAAACACCCAAGAUCGAACAGCUUUCUAAUAUGAUCGUCAAGUCUUGCAAAUGCAGCUAAGAUUCUUGGAAAAGUGGCCAGAUGAUAAUCACACGGUGUUGAUGAUGAUAACGACGACGACAAUGACAAUGUUUGUAACAAGAAAACAUAAGAGAGCCUUGCUUCAUCAGUGUUAAAAAAAAAAAAAUUUGAAAAAGCGGUACUAGUUCAAACACUUUGGAAGUUUGUGUUCCGUUUGUUAAAACUGGCAUCUGAAACAAAAAAAGUUGAAGGCUUUAUUCUACGUUUCACCUACUCUGUAAGUGAGAGAGACAAGAAGCAAAACCUUUUUUUUUUUUAAGAAAAAAAAAUAAACACUGGAAGAAUUUGUUAGUGUUAAUUAUGUGAAAGAAAAAAAAAAAAACAGGAAAAUCCCAUUAAGUGGAGUUGCUGUACAUACUGUUUCUAUCCCGUGCCUCACCUGAUUUUUCUGUAUUGCUAUGCAAUAGGCGCCCUUUCCAGUCUUACUCCUAGAGUUAACAGUGAGUUAUUUAUUGUGUGUUACUAUAUAAUGAACAUUUCAUUGCCCUUGGAAAAUAAAACAGGUGUAUAAAGUGGAGACCAAAUGCUUUGCCAGAAACUCAUGGAUGGCUUAAGGAACUUGAACUCAAACGAGCCAGAAAAAAAAAGGUCAUAUUCACGGGAUGCAAACCCAAGUGAGUGAUUAUAUGACCAAGCAAGUCUGCAUUGAGAUAAAGACCCUAGAAACACAUGCUUUGUACCAGCUGCCUAAGGAAGCUUCUUGUAAGGUUCAAAACUGAAAAGCCUGUUAAUAAAGAAAACUUUCAGUCAGAAUAAGUCUGUAAGAUUUUUUUUUUUCUUUUUAAUUGUAAAUGGUUCUUUGUCAGCUUAGUAAACCAGUGAAACGUGGAAAUGUUUUGAUAUGUACUGGUCAGACUUCGGACCUUAAAGUAUUGCUGUAUCUCUCUGCUAUCGGGUUCUCCUUCGUUCUGGUAUAUGUAACCAUACCUAUGUUAUUACCAUAGUUGGGUAGAGAAGCCGGUGUAAUUGGAAACACAUCUGGAGAUCUCUUUUGCAAACUAUUAAAUCAAAACAUUAACUAC